GCCACGGUCCAAGUCACAUUUCCCGCUAUAUUCUUGGCAUAUUUGGCUGAUCUUGGUGUCUUUGAUUUGGGCUCAGACUGUAUAUGAGAGACCUUGAUGAUCGGUAAAAGAUCCACAGGAGAUGUUUGUCAGUUCUUAACUCAUUCUUUGCCCAUGUGAGGAGUCUACUUGUCGAGAGUUGGGUCGAGCUAAAGAAAGUCGCUCUUUGGUACCAAAGCAUUCGGCAAAGCAAACAGUCCGAACAGUGGUGUAUUUGAACUCACGAACAUUCCGCGCAAAACCUGGGCGAUGUUGCCGUCCUUAUUUCCUUCACUUUAACCUUUGCCUCCAGGUUACUCAACACCUUGGACAACAAUGACAGCGACAGGCGCAGACAGACAGCCUUGGAAGGAAGCUGUCGUCUACCAGAUCUACCCCGCCAGUUUUGUGGAUUCAAAUUGUGACGGUUGGGGUGACAUCCCGGGCAUAAUAUCCAAGAUCGACUAUAUCAAGUCUGCCGGGGCCGAUAUCAUCUGGCUCUCGCCUGUCUAUGACUCGCCGCAGAAGGAUAUGGGGUACGACAUCUCCGACUAUCGGUCUAUCGACCCUCGAUAUGGCAGCCUUGAGGAGAUGGACAGACUAAUCGCUGGGUUACACUUGCGAGACAUGAAGCUAUGGAUGGAUCUAGUCGUGAAUCAUAUGUCUGAUCAGCAUACAUGGUUCAAGGAAUCACGAAGUUCUAAAGACAACCCCAGGCGAGAUUGGUACUUCUGGAGGGAUCCGAAGUAUGGGGUUGACGGAGUUCGAAAAUCCCCAAACAACUGGAGAUCCGUGUUUGGAGGAAGCGCGUGGACUUAUGACGAAUGGACGGAUCAGUAUUAUCUGGCUCUCUUUCUCCCAAGUCAACCGGAUCUGAAUUGGGCAAAUGAUGACAUGCGGCAAGCCAUCCAUAGUGACAUACGCUUCUGGCUUGAUCGGGGCGUCAAUGGGUUCCGAAUUGAUUCUAUGAACCUCAUGUCCAAACAUGAAGAUCUACCAGACGCCGACAUCCUUGAUCCUGCAGAAGAGUACCAGAGCGGUGAGAAGUGGUUUGCUUCGGGACCACGAAUGCACGAAUACCUCCAUGAGCUUCGGACUCAAGUCUUUGAUCCGUACAAUGCGGUCACUGUGGGAGAGCUCGGAUUCACUAAGGACGUGGAAUCAGUGGCGAAAUAUGUCGCAAAAUCCCGUCAGGAAGUGAAUAUGCUGUUCACUGGCGACAUUGUUGAUAUGGAUUUCGGCCACUCUUCGAAGUAUAGCCGGAAGGACUUCCAUCCCGGCAUGCUUCGACUUCUCACACACAAGUGGCAAACUGCGAUGCCUACGUUUGACGGCUGGAAUAGCGUCUACUUGGACAAUCAUGACAGUGGCCGCUCUCUAACUCGGUAUGGUUCGGAUGACCCAAAAUACCGUGCUUUCGCCGCUAAACUCCUUUCCAUUUACAUGUGUACACUGAGCGGCACCCUCUUCCUUCUCGCGGGUCAAGAGAUCGGCAUGGCCAACCUACCACGGGAAAUGGGAAUCGAGCACUACAUUGACGUUGAAGGACGAAACCAUUACAAGAGAGUCUUAAAAGAGCGUGGUGGAGAUGAGAGCAAGAUGGGCGACGUCCUGCGCGAAUUGCAGCUCAAGGCUAGGGAUCAUGGUCGAUUGCCUAUGCAGUGGAGUGCCCAGACUAACGCAGGGUUCACGAACUCCGAUGUGAAGCCGUGGAUGGUAGUCAAUCCGGACCAUGUCGCGUGGAACGUUGAAGCUCAGCAAAAUGACCCUGACAGCGUAUUGUCAUUUUGGAAGGAAUCACUAGCAUUGCGGAAAAAAAUAGCCGAUAUUUUUAUCUACGGUACAUUUGAGAUGUUUCACGAAUCGUCCCCUCAAGAUACCAUCGUUGCCUACAAGCGAGGAAGCUGCCGGACUGAAGAGGAAGCCUUGGUACUGUUGAACUUUUCUAGCCAAGAGAGCCAGACGACAUUGCUGGGCAAUCAAACUUGGAAUUACCUGAGAGGCAAUUACCCAUCUCCCCAGACUAGAGGGGGAAGUCUAAUCUUGCGGCCAUGGGAAGCCCUUGUUUACUACUCCAAGGAAGGCUGAAUGCUUAUAGCUCUUUAGUUUUCUCCGUACACUCUAGUAAUUAGUCGUCCUU